ACGCUUCCUCGACCAACUCCCUCCCGUAAAUCCAAUCCAAAAUUCGAAUUCCCACCACGAAACCACGCAUCGAUCGAGGUCGAGGAGUCGUCAUCCAUGGCGAUGGAGGAGGAGGAGGCCGCAGCGUGCGAGAUCGCGCGCCUGCCGGAGGAGCUCCUCGUCGAGGUGCUCUCCCUCACCGGCCCACGGGACGCGUCCCGCGCCGCCGCCGACUCCGACGCCGUCUGGUCCCGCUUCCUUCCCCGCGGCCUCCCGCGCCUCGCCAGACGCGAGCUCCCCCGCUCGCCGCCGCCGCCGCCGUCCAGGAAGGCGCACUUCCUCCGCCUCUCCGCUGGACCCCUUCUCCUCCCACGCAAACUCAUGAGCAUGUGGUUGGACAGGGAGAAGGGCGCCAAGUGCUACAUGCUCUCGGCCAGGGCGCUGCAAAUUUCGUGGGGCGAUUCGCCGCAGUACUGGAGCUGGAUCCCUCUCGCCGAUUCAAGGUUCAAAGAAGGUGCUGAGCUCUUAUCUGUUUGCUGGUUGGAAAUCCGUGGCAAGUUACCGGGCAAGAAGCUGUCACAAAACACAAAUUAUGCUGCAUACCUUGUCUACAAGAUAGCUGAUAGAUCCUAUGGGCUGGAUUUCCCAUUCCAGGAGGCAUCUGUCAGCAUCGGAGGAAGCAUAACAGCCCGCCAAGUUAGUGUCGUUCAAUGAAGGCUCAAGAGAAUAGAACCACGUGCAGUUGUUCUUGCAGAGGAUAUAGAGAACCCUCAGAAAAGGGCUGACGGUUGGAUGGAGCUGAAGCUGGGUGAGUUGUAUAAUGAGGAAGGUGACGAUGGUGAGGUGUGCAUCAGUUUCAUGGAGACAAAAGGAGGCCACUGGAAGAGUGGCCUUGUUGUGCAGGGUAUUGAGAUUAGACCUAAGAAAAGUCCACCCCUGAACUCUCUUGCUUGCUCCCAUGAGAAACCCUCCUGCUCAACAUUGACAACGUUGCAAUCGUGCAUGGAGGAGAUUUUCCUCUCAGACGGGCUCACAAGUAUGUGGUUGGACAGGGAGACUGGUUUUAAGUGCUACAUGCUGUCGGCCAGGGCGCUGCAGAUUGUGAACUUAACGCAUAGCUGGCGCUGGAUCUCUCUCACCGGCAGCUCCAGGUUCUCAGAAGUUGUUGAGUUCUUAAAAGGAUACCGUGUGGAGGUCUGCGGCAAGAUACCUUGCAAGAUGCUCUCCGGAAACUCAAAUUAUGCUGCUUACAUUGUGUUCGUGGUAGCUGAAGAUUCAUGUGGGUUGGCUUCUGUGUGGGUUGCAACCGUCGGCGUCGGGGGACGCCAAUCCACUCGCCAAGUUUGCUUGGACAGCUCCAACCGCAAUGACUACUACUACGAAGGCGAGAUUGAGGUGCCUCAGGAUGGGAGUGUGAUUCUCCCUCAGGAAAGGGCUGAUGGUUGGAUGGAGCUGGAGCUGGGUGAGUUCUACAACCAAGAGGGUAACAACCAGGGUGAGGUAUGCUUCAGCCUCGUGAAGCCCAAGGCAGGCAGAUGGCUGUCCAAUGGAGGCCUUGUUAUUCAGGGCAUCGAGAUUAGGCCUAAGAUAUCUUGACGGAGUAGCAAUUUUGAACUAUGUCCGAGUAAUA